AUGGCUAUAAAAUCUGCAAAUCCUAGAAAAGAAUUUAAGGAAAUUACUAAAGAAUUUGGUCGAUUCAUUUCAAAUGAAGUUUUUUUUGGAGAAAAAAUUUAUUUUGAAGAAGAAAUUCUAGCAAUAAAGAAUGCUUUAAAUUUAACUGGAAAAUUUAGGCGUACUAAAAAUGAAUUAUUUAAAUUAAUUGGAAGUAAGCAAUCUAAUAACCUUGAAGAAUUUGAUGAAAAGGCUUGGAUUGAAUCUCUAAAUGAUUUUGAAAAUUGGGGUAUUACAGAAUAUAAAAAACCUGUUAGCAUUUUUCGACUUUUACCUUAUGAAUUACGUAAAAGAAUCUUCGAAUCUAUUGGAAAGAGAAUUCUUUAUAAUGAUCCAGGAGAAGAUUAUAUUUAUCUGCAAAAUGAAAAAAAAAGUUUUGAAUUAAAAAAUAUGCCACCAAAUAUAGCGGAUAUUAUUCAAAAAAAAGAUGCCGAAUGCAAUAUAUUUGCUACUGUUAUCGAUACUGAUGAUUCAAAAAAUAAUUUCUUUAAUUGUCAAAUCCUUUGGUUACCAAAUAAGAAACCGAGUCUCAUAAUCCAUUGUAUUCAAAAUUCUAAUUUUAAAAAACCAAAGUAUAACCUUAAAAUUGGACUGAUGGUUGUCGGUUAUGAUAUAAAUUUUAAUUUCAUUAAUUCACAUUCUAAUAUUCACAUUAAAGUAAUAGAAAAAAAAAUUAAGGCAACAAAAUCAAUGUAUUGUAAAGAACUUUUUGAUGAUUCAUUUACCAAAGAUACCGAAGAACAUAUUUGUUUAGGAAUUCCAGUACUAAGAGAAUUGAACCCUUCUUUUGAUUCUCUCAUCAUUGGCCAUCAUUUUUUCAAUUGUCAAGAGAGUAACAGAAUUGGGGCAUACAUAUUUUCUUAUUGUUUGAAGAAAAAUCAUUAUGUUGAAUUACCAGAAUUUACUUUUCACACGCUCAUUAUCUCAAAUUAUCCUGAUUGUAAUGAAUAUAAAAUAAUACCUUUUAAUUGCAAAAGUUCUUUCUUUGAUAAAUUAUUACCUUUUAAUUUUAAGAAUUCUGUCAUUUUACCCAAUGAUAAUGACCCUCAACUAGUAAUACCAAAAUAUAUUAGUUUACAUUCUAGUGAAGAUAAUUGUGCUCCGAUUUUCCUAAAACAAAAGCAGAAUGAAAUUAAAAUAAAAUAUAUGAAAGGUAUGAAAGGUAAAGAAAAUUGUAAAGAUACUUGCAUUUGCAAAAAAACAUUAAUAUAUGAUGAUAUAAAAUUGCACUCUUUGAUAACUCCCAAGUCUAUAUGAAACUGAUUAGUCCAAAAAUUAAACGAAUAUGAUGUAUAUGAUUAAAAUAUUUUGUUUAUAUAUCAUUUUUUUAAAAAAAUAUUUUUAUUAUUAUUUAUUUUUUAAGAUAAAAAAUUUAGGAUUAGGUUUAUC